GGGCCGCCUGCAGUCUCCGUGUGAGGGCGGUCGAGGUGGCUGUGUCGACAUGAGGCUUCUGCUACUUCUCCUGGUGGCGGCGUCGGCGGUGGUCCGGAGCGACGCGUCGGCCAACCUGGGUGGCGUGCCUGGCAAGAGAUUAAAGAUGCAGUACGCCACGGGGCCGCUGCUCAAGUUCCAAAUUUGUGUUUCCUGAGGUUAUAGGCGGGUGUUUGAGGAGUACAUGCGGGUGAUUAGCCAGCGGUACCCAGACAUCCGCAUUGAAGGCGAGAAUUACCUCCCUCAGCCGAUAUACAGACACAUAGCAUCUUUCCUGUCAGUCUUCAAACUAGUAUUAAUAGGCUUAAUAAUUGUUGGCAAGGAUCCUUUUGCUUUCUUUGGCAUGCAAGCUCCUAGCAUCUGGCAGUGGGGCCAAGAAAAUAAGGUUUAUGCGUGUAUGAUGGUCUUCUUCUUGAGCAACAUGAUUGAGAACCAGUGUAUGUCAACAGGUGCAUUUGAGAUAACUUUGAAUGAUGUACCUGUGUGGUCUAAGCUGGAAUCUGGUCACCUUCCAUCCAUGCAACAGCUUGUUCAAAUUCUUGACAAUGAGAUGAAGCUCAAUGUGCGUAUGGAUUCAAUCCCACCUCAUCGAUCAUAGCCCCACCUAUCAGCACUGAAAACCCUUUUACAUUAAGGGAUUUUUGCAAGAGCAGCGUGACUGACAUUAUGAAGGCCUGUACUGAAGACAGCAAGCUGUUAGUACAGACCAGAUGCUUUCUUGGCAGGCUCGUUGUACCUCUUGGAAAACCUCAAUGCAAGACAGUUUUUCAGUGCUGGCACGUUUUGGAAUUCUGCACAUUCGUGGAGUGCAAUAAUACUGUAUAGCCUUUUUUUUCCUUCCCCAAAUCCACUCAGUUAAUAGUUUUUAAAAAAUGUAGACAUUACGACUUGUACGUUUUUUUCUUAGUCAUAUUUUAAAAAGUAGAAAAUUGAGUUACAAUUAGAUUUUUUUCAGGGAUGUCUGUCAAAUCUGUUGUGAUUUUGUGUGAAUUUUCCUUUUUUAUAGUUUAAAAUCAAUCUUUUGGGGAUUACAGCUGAAGUUCCCAAAAUACUUUAUAAGAGUUUAUCAGACAUCUCUAAUUUGGUCAUGUCCAAUUUAUAUAGUUUUCAAAAUAUUGCAUAUUGUGAACAGUGCAUUAUACAAGAUUAAGGGGGGAAAACCUAUAUCCAGAGUACUCUACCAGUUUGUGUGUAUGUGUGUGUGCGUGUGUGUAUGUGAUUAGUAGAGAACUACUAAAAGACCAACCGCUUUUUAAAUCCUGUUAUGUAAUUCAAGUCUCUUGCCUUGACCAAUCUAAUGAGUUGAUUGACUGGGCCUUUAUACUUAACUCAAUAAAAAACUAAGCAGAUGUAAGUUAAAUAAAAAGUUUGAAUUUAUUGCCCAGCAUACCUGUUAACAUUACGUUUAACAGCCUGCCUAAAUUUUUGUUUUUCACUUACAGAUAAUUUCAUAAGGGACACACUUUAGAUACACACACAAAUAAUAGAUCAUUUACCAUUUUUAGGAUAAUUGAAACUUACCUCACUAAGGAAAGUUCAGUUGAACCUCUUUACAACAUUAAUAUAGGAGAAUGGAGAUUACUUGUCUAAUAAUUUAACUUGUCUAACAUCAUAUAUCAGAAUUUUAUUAUAUUUGAGGAACAAAAUUGAAAAAAUUUUUAUUCAGUUAAUUUAAUAUCUUUCCAGAGUUCUAAAAAGAUAGUUUCAAAAAAAAUUUAAAUUGAUAGUGACUAUAAGAGUAAUUUAGCAGAAAUAGGACCAUAAUGUAGAAAAAUAGUCAUAUAGCAACACUGGUAACACACUUCAGCUUCCAUACAGGAAUAGAAGUGGUAAGUCUAGAUUGUUUAGUGGAAGUAAAGGGAUUUGAGGAAAGUUACAAUUCAACAUUGGGUCCACCACCUGGUACUUGGUUUGGCACUGUGUAUUUGUUGACUGCAUGUCUGGUAAUGAUCAUGAUUGUGAACAUACUGUAAUCUCCAGCUGACAAGAAGUCAGUCUAAUCAUUCACUGCAGAGAAUUGAUUAAAUGGUUUAUCCUUUUAGUAAAGACGGCGGAACUGUUACCUAAGUUAAGAUAGUGGCAAGAAUCAAUGCAGUUGAAGCUGGAAAGUUACUUACCGGUUAUUAUUCAGGUGUAGUAACAUUUUGUUAUCUGUGACGAGGGCUUAAAACCUUGCUAACUUGAUUGGUACCAGCCCAGACUCCUGUCUUCUGCACGUUGAACACAUUGCCCAGUGUGUUAGGUUUCUUCAGCUGAGGGACAUUCCACUGGUGACACAGUUAACGUUUGGCAUUUAGCCCCUCCAGACUUGAGCCUUGGAUGUUGCCUUGUAUCUGACAGGUCAGCCAUGAAGAACCUAAGAUUCGAGUCUAGCUUUUUUCAUAUUUGCCUUGAGUGAAUAAAUUGUCUUUUGGAGAAUAGUUUUAAGUGGCUUAGACACUGAUAAAAGUCAGCUGUUUUGUUGA